GAGGAAGAGAGAGUGAGUGAGAAGCAUUGCCAAGCGCACACGGUAUGAACGUCCAGUGGCAUGUUUCAAACACUCAACAUGCUUGUAGUUGGCGCGAGGUUGUAGUAUCGUCGAAACGAAAGAGUAGUUUGCGCGUAUUCUUGGCACUUGAAACAACGGACUUGACAGAGUGUACAAUUCUUGCGAAGCCAUGUUCAAUUCGAUCCAUGAACGAGCAAAAGUGUCUUGCGGUAACCGUAACAGUGUCCUGCCGUGUAAGUAAAAACGGAGUGAAAUAACGUGCGGGGGAACGCAAGGCGAAUUCUGACAUUCCUUCAAGGAAACGUCGCAUUGAUUCGCGCUGCCUUUUGCACACGACGAGCGCAAAGUUUAGUGCAAGAAGGAAAAGGGAGCACGGUGAAAUGUACUCGAUAGUACCGGCAUUAACGUGCACUUCUUAAAGCGGGUCGCAGACGCAGAUGCUGUCCCGUCUCUGCUCUGAGAAACUCGUCGUCGUUCCUGUUGCUCGAAAAGGAGAACGACGUGAUUGGUACGCGUCAGAACAAUUUAUCAAUUUUCUUCCAAAAAUUAAUCAAUGAAAUGUGCAUCUGAACAACAUUUGCAAGUGUUGGCCGUUUAUUUGCCGGCACAGUGCCGUAAGUAUUUUUAGAGUGAACCUGUUUCCCGAUGGUGUAGAAGGUAUGAUAAUUGUGUAAGAACAGUAGGAAUCAAAGGAUGGUGUAGAACAUCACACGUGAUUCGCAAAAUCAAGGCCCUAAUAAACAGCGGGUAAGAGUGUAAAUAGAAGUGAACCACAAGUGAGACGGCAGGAAGGGUGAAAGUGUUUUUUUUGCCAAAUUCGGUUCUCUUUGGUGGUGUGAAGAAAGUAAUUUGAAGGCUGUGCUAUUUGUAUAUUUUUUCCCCUCUAUAUUGCAAAGUGACCAGUGCGGGAUUAAAAGAAAAAAGUGUUACAAUAAUGUAACGGGCAUCUAUACGCGCUCUUGUACAAAUGUAGGACCACGGUACCGUCUCAAGGCAAGAUACCAACAGUGGACUUUUCUUCGACGGCCAGCUAUGUUAACGGUGGAAUUCCGCUCGAGAGGAAUCUGAAGGCGGGGACUCUGACGUCACUCCGCUCAUGAUAAUGAGCGUGUAUGUGGCACGGGGAGUGUGUGCUCGCGCGCACAGAUAUGUGCCUGUCGACUGGUCGGUGAUAGAGAGUUUUGGAUGGAUUUAGAGCGCAGUGAAAUAUGCCAAGGAGACGGAAUGGGGAGAUACCGCUUCCGGAAGGGUGGGACGUCGCGCAAGACUUUGAUGGAAAAGUGUAUUUCAUCGAUCACAACACAAGAAAAACAACGUGGAUCGAUCCUAGAGACAGGUUCACCAAACCUCAAACGUUCGCAGAUUGUAUUGGAAACGAGCUUCCACUUGGAUGGGAAGAAGCUUAUGACAAGCACGUGGGUGCAUACUACAUUAAUCAUGUCAAUCAGACGACGCAGCUCGAGGAUCCAAGGCAAGAAUGGCGAGCCAUUCAGGAGGCAAUGCUUCGAGAAUAUCUUCAGACCGCACAGGACGUACUCGAGGCGAAGAAGGAGAUCUACGAUGUGAAGCAACAGAGGCUAUGUCUGGCCCAGGAUGAGUACAAUCACCUCAACAACGCUUUAACGACGCUCGGCGCUUCGCGCACAAGUUUGUGCUCCAGUUCAAGUUCAUUGAGUACCAAGUACGAUCCGGAUCUCUUGAAAUCCGAUGUCGCGCUCGCUAGGAGUCGAGUUUCCCGGCUGAAACGAGAGCUCGAACAAAUCCGAGCUGAAAUGAACUGUACGCAGCGAGGAGUGGACACUCUCGCAAGCGUCGAGCAAAAGUUGAGCGGACACCAUGGCGGUUGUUACAACAUCACGGAGGCUCAGGCGAUCAUGACGGAGCUUCGAAAUAUUCAAAAGUCGCUGAGUUCGGGCGAAAAGGAGAAAGCUGAAUUGAUGCAGUCUCUGGCUCAACUAAAGGACGAGCUGACGAGACUGCAACUCUGCGAAGGUAGUCCCGAGGCCAGCACGCUCAGCUUACCUCAGGAAAAGCUUAGUACUGCGUCUCAAACAGAUCUGUCAGGCGAAUUGGUCCCAAUCGGCACCCGUCUGGCCGAAAUGGCGCGAAUGAGGUUGCAGUAUGACGAAGCGAGGAAGAGGAUACAGCAUAUUCAGCAGCAACUUGCGGACCUUGAAGAAAAAGUGACACCUGGUCAAACGGAGAGCGAUAAGGACAAGUUGCUGCUGUUCCAGGAGAAGGAACAGCUGCUGCGAGAGCUAAGGAGCAUCACACCGCGCACCAGAACGCAACAAGACAUGAAAAAGAUUCAGAGCGAGAUCCGCCGCCUCGAACAGGAUCUAAACAACGCACUUGAGUUGUCGAAUAAAACGAUUACCGACCGCGUACGACUGCACGAAGAGAAACAACUGUUGUUGCAACAGCUAAGAGACGCUCUACGUUCGAUGGCGAUGCUCGAGGGUCAGCUGAAAACUCUCAGCGCGAGCACACUCUCAGUGAGCAGCAGUUCUAGCCUUGGAAGCCUUAGCACGACUAGUAGUAAGGGGUCCCUGAGCUCUGGACUGAGUUUCACCGAUAUUUAUGGUGGUCCCCAGUGUCUGGGUCCUGUUAGCUCGCAGCAAGAGCGACCAGUUGACAUGGUCGAUCUGCAUAGACGCGUGGAGAGAUUGCUCAGAGGUUCGGAACAAAACAAUCUUGUCAGUACGCCCUCGCCUGGUCGAUCGCAACCAAGUUUGUCACCGAGAUCGAGUUUGUCUAGUGUCAGUCCACCCGUUUCGCCGCUUUAUGAAAACGCCCCAAUGGGUCCACCACCCGCGUAUGAACAUGUGGAAAUGCAGAGACGGCAGCAUCAGAGACCCACAACCUCGUCCAAUGCUCAUUUAGAUGGAAAUCAAUUGGAAGAUCGUUUGGCGGAACUUAGGCUCAGUCAACAGCAAACAUCGUCACACGAACAAUCGUGCACUGGUUCCCAGGAUCGUUUGAAGUUGGUCGGUGGUCCACAUCCACCUGUUGAAUUGCAAUCUGGAAAUAUGUCUCAAGGCAGCGGCCUUGGCAGGCCUGUAUGCGUGAUGCAGCACCAAAUCCCGUCCCAGGAGCCACCGCCUCUUUCACCUAUUAGCGAGACACCUCCUCCUACUGGUAUUCGUUCGAGAGCUAGCAGUUCUGGUACGAACACUAGGUCCGUCUCAGCUGCAGUUUCUGACGAAAGUGUCGCGGGUGAUUCAGGAGUAUUCGAGGCCUCCAAUCGUAGGAAACUUCCCGGUGCAAUCGGCGAUGUAAACUCACUGGCACUUGGGGAGAUGAGCCUGGAGACGGCACAGGUGCAAAUUAAACUUAGAUAUUCUGUAAGUGAUGGUUUGCUCCAUGUUGGAAUCGAACGUGCCAGAAAUUUGGCUGCCCUUUUUAUUCCUAACAACGCUCAAGUAUAUAUAAAGGCUGCAUUGCUUCCGAUGCAACCGCCCGUUAAUCAUAUGUGUUGUACGAAACCUGUUGUGGAUCUGCGCAAACCAACCUUCGGCGAAACAUUCCCGAUUGCAGUACCACUCAACAAACUGUACACGAAGACACUGCAAGUCAACGUUUGGUGUACGAGCAGCGAGUCUGAGGAGUGCUUGGGAUCUGCCCAAGUGUCCCUUGCAGACUUUAGUCCAGAAUCGCCAAGCGUGAAAUGGUACAACAUACUCUCCUUUCGCUUCAUGCAACCAUCCGACAGCCCAAGCACUAGCACUAGCAACAGCAAUAGCAUCUCUACCAGCGUUGCAAGACAAGCUAAACACGACAAACAGGAAUCAGACUUAUCGGUGUAUCGCGGUGGACAGAAUACAAAAGAAGAAAGCAGUGACGAGAGCACUAUUAUUAGUUCUCAGACAUCGACUUUAACAAGAAAUCAAGGAUGCGAUGAGCUCCAGACAGCAAUUUCGUUAAGGCUGGAAGAGUUAGCCAAUUGCUUGGGAAGUCCGGAAGAAGAGGAUGAGAACGGUGGCAGUGAAAGCGGAAGUGAGGACAGUGACGAAGAAGGAAUUAUUGUGGAAUUUACGAUGGAAGAUAAUGUUCUGGAAGAUGUGUUAGAACACGAGGAGGAUGAAGAAUUAAAUGAGGAAGCAAGGCAGACUCAAGAUAAAGAAACCAAUACAGAGUGUGUUUUUAUCCCAGAACAAGGAAAACAGAGGAAACUUUCGGCAGCCGGUGUUACUUCUAGCGUUAUGCACGACGAUAAAAAUUCUAUUGUAAUCAAAAGGAGUCAAACUUUCUCACCUAGUGCUGCAGUUAGUAAAAAUCACUAUAUUUGUCGGUUGAAUCGAAGCGAUAGUGAUAGUAGUAUGCCACUUUACCGCAGAGGUGGACCUUUUCAACGAAAUUCAGUAGAAAGACGGUCUCUUCGAUGGCGAAGACCUUUGUCUGCACUCAGCUGUAAAACCGCCUCGAAAAAGUCCACUAAUUUACCACCUACUGCUAGAACCUCGCUAGAUCUUGAAUUAGAUCUUCAAGCACAACAUGCUAGAUUAAACAAUCUUCAAGACGAGCUAAGUAGAUUACGCGAAUUGAAACAAAGGUUAGAACAAGCGCGAGAAAAGGGGGAUACCGAUUUUGCAACGUGGUUGCUGGAGGACCACAAAUUUCAGAACCUGAUGGCACAAGCCGAAAGUGGAAAAAACGGCAAGAGUGCUGAGGAUAAAAGAGUAGAAAAAAUGUUAAAGAAAACUUCGAAAGAAAUCUAUAAAUUACGAAAAACAAAAGCUGGCAAAGGGAAACCUGAUAUUAUUUCGUUCAAAGAAAAAAUGGCUUUCUUCACACGCGUUAAUCUCAAUGUUCCUGUACUUCCACCUGAAGAUUCAUUGUGUGAGAACUCAUCGUCACCAUCACCAUCAGCCAUCCAGCACAGGAGACACGCCUCGGAACCAGUUACCACUGAAUACAUGGUUAGUAAGCUUGGUGCUCAAGGUGUUUCGAAUUUGACCACACGGUCAAAUAGUGUUCCUAGCGGAAAUACGUCCGCAAUGAGGACUGAUGGUGCCGCGACCAAUAACACGACUGCGGUCACAAAUGUGACCGAGGACGUUCCGGCAAACAGUACAAAUAAAUCUGUGAACGCGAAAGGUCGGCCUGCCGAGACGAACGCGCAUUGUCAAGAAAACGGUCAAGGUGAAAACCUAAAAUCAACCGAAGAAAACGACGGUGAAGAACCAAGAAGGUACGAAUAUGUCGUCGACAGAGUUCUCGGCGUUGAAGUGUAACACUCAUUAUUUUUACCAAUGGACAAAUCGUCUGAAUGGGUGGAUAAUUAAUGCGUACCAGUCCAGUGACCUUUAAAUGGAAACAAAGGAUUGAAAAGAACAACAAAGGAAUAUUAUUUCUCCACUUUUUUCGAAUUCCAGGUGCCAUGCACGAAGAUUGAAGAAAAUUUAGAUGAAGAACGUUUACCGAAGUACAUUUGAAAGCCACACAUAGUGAUGCUAGUGUAAC